AUGGCAGGCAUGGAUUCGAGCAUGUAUCCUGCCGGAACUCUCACUGAGCCUCCAGCACACGACUUUGCCGGAACAAGAAGAUCUAGCAGGACCUCCUCGACUCUGGGCGAGAAGGAGAGCCACGAAAUCGAGAAAGCUCAAAAGAUGAGAAGUCGGCAUGGCAGCAGAACGGCCGAUCCAAUUGAUGUCGUCAACCUCCCAUAUCGCACCCUGACCGCGGAUGCUCCAAUGGGAGAAUAUUUGACCGAGGCACCUACCGGACUUCAACAAGUCAUCACGAAUAAGACCGGCAAGGGCGAGAGAUGGGAGCUCGUCACUUUCACACCGGGCGAUCCUGAAAACCCUAAGAACUGGUCAAAGCUGUACAAGUGGUGGUGUACUAUGGUUGUGGCCAUUACCUGCUUCGCCGUGGCAUUCAACAGUGCGAAGAAGUCUCUUUUACUGACCAUCACGCUCUUCGUUAUCGGCUUCGGGGUUGGUCCCAUGGCAUUUGCACCUCUCAGCGAGAUCAUGGGAAGGAAGAUUAUCUAUGCUAGCACAUUGCUGGUAGCUGUGGUCUUCAUCGUUCCUUGCGCUGUCGCAGAGAACAUCGGCACGCUGCUAGUAUGCCGUUUCAUUGACGGUGUUGCGUUCUCGGCACCUAUGACACUUGUUGGCGGUACACUCGCAGACCUGUGGAAAAAUGAGGAGCGAGGAGUUCCAAUGGCCGUCUUCUCUGCAGCGCCUUUCAUUGGCCCUGCUAUCGGCCCUCUGAUCGGUGGCUUUACCUUUGAUGCCUUAGGUUGGAGAUGGCUAUACUGGCUCCAGCUCAUCCUGUCUGGAUUCUGCUAUUUCCUGAUUACGUUUCCUGUCCCAGAGAUGUACGCACCAACGAUCCUGGCCAAGCGCGCGAAGAAGAUGCGAAAGGAGAUGAACGACGACAAAUACGUCACAGAGCAAGAUCUUAACCUGCGACCUUUCAGCGAGCGCCUCAGGAUCUUCCUCGUUCGUCCCUUUCAGCUGUUAUUCAUGGAACCCAUCGUCCUCUUCAUCUCCGUGUACAUGUCAGUCCUCUACGGCCUCCUCUACAUGUUCUUCGUCGCAUAUCCCAUCAUCUACCAGAAAGGCAAAGGCUAUAGCGCAUCCACCACCGGCUUGAUGUUCAUUCCACUCGCGAUUGGCGUCAUUAUGAGCGCGGCUGCCUCUCCCAUGAUCAACAAACACUACCUCAAACUCGUUGCGAAGCACAACGGAAAGCCUCCUGCCGAGGCGAGGUUGAUACCCAUGAUGUGGUCCUGCUGGUUCAUCUCCAUCGGCCUCUUCAUCUUCGCCUGGUCCUCCUAUCCAUCCCUCUCCUGGGCCGGGCCCGCACUCGGUGGCUGGCCAGUCGGCUUCGGUUUCAUCUUCCUGUACAACUCCGCGAACAACUACCUCGUCGACAGCUACCAGCACCAAGCCGCCAGUGCUCUCGCGGCGAAGACGUUCCUGCGAUCAUUCUACGGAGCGGGUGUUGUCGUUUUCACUAACCAGAUGUAUAGCGGUCUUGGGGACCAGUGGGCCAGUACACUGCUAGCUUUCAUUGGCCUGGCUUGUUGUGCCAUUCCUUUUGUCUUCUAUUUCUACGGGGCGAAAAUUAGACAGAAGUCGCAUUACGCUUAUGCUGGUGACGAGGAGGAUGCGAGGAAGGGGGUACAGUGA